CCAUGACACAGCUUUAGGAAGGCGCACCACAAACAAGGCUGCAUAUGAACGACGCUGAGACGCCUCAUGUGAUAAGGAGCUAGCUACGCUCAUGGCGCCGCCUGCUUGUGGGCAUGCGCACAUGUCUUCUUCACGCUCGAGCCAAGAUGAAACUGUCUCGAUGAGAACCGCUCCCAUUGGUUCAUUUCCGUUGAUGGCACCAGUCGUCGUUACACCUUGUGGCGCGACACCGGCAGCUGGGAGUGGUUCAUUCAAGCUGCUCUACCGGUACAAGCUGUGUUCUCUAGCAGGAUCAUGACAAAGCUCUUCUUCUUUGCCGUCACCGCGGUCACGUCGGCCGGGCUGUACAGCGGCGCCGCCGUCUACAUGAGUCUCGUGCAGCACCCAGUGAUCAUGCGUCUGCGGUCCCGACGACUCCAAGCACCCUUCUUUUGCCACAUGUACGUCAGCGCGUCUGCGUUUCUCGCUCCCAUCGGCUUGUUGGCGAGCGCCGCAUCGUUCGCCGCGGGGAUGGCGGACACGGCCAUGACCACCACGAACAACCCGUCGGCGUCGGCGCUGUGGGUCGUUGGAGGCGCCAUCUUCCUCGCGCUGGUCCCGUACACGGCGCUGACCAUGCUGCCCCUCAACCUCCACCUGACCAACGAGCAAUACUGGAAAUCCCAUCGCACAUCCGUCAUGCAAGCCAAGCUGUCCAAGUGGGGCUUCUUGCAUGCAGUACGAUCCGUCGCAAGUGUGAUUGGCACUGCCACGUUGAUCUGUGCAUGUCUGCGGUAGUAUCGGCGACACGGUUCUGCCUCGCUUGAUUAACAACAAAUACCCAGUUUAUAUGACGAUGUGAACUUGGUGUCGA